AUGUUCAUGUCUCGGAAAACCCUCCAACGAACCAACUCUUCGUCUUCGGUGUCAUCGACGUCGUCAAACUCGUCAACGUCCACCGUGACCUCGAAUGCCCAGCCCAACGGCAACUCCAUGCCUGUCGCCGGAGACCAGACUGGUUGGCCGAAUACGGCCUCGCGAAAGAGGCCGCAGACGAAGGGUCCGUGGUUGAAUGGGAAACCAGAAGCAUCUUCGGACUUUUCGAGGGCGACUCCGGCAAGGCCCCCGAUGAGUAACGGGAUGAAUGGCGCGUCGGCCUUGCACCCGCCCCAGUCCAUUUUAACCCCACAGAAUCAGAUAUUACCCCAAAAUGGGAUGCCCAGGCCCGGCGCCGAGAGCAUGGCCUCGGGACGCCAGCCGGUGCUUUCUCUUCUGUCUCUGAAUGGCUCCUUCGACCGCAAGACUAUCUCGGUUCCAUUCCUCCCCGAUACACUCCGGAUCGGCCGGCAAACAAACGCAAAGACCGUGCCGACACCACUGAACGGGUUCUUUGACAGUAAAGUGCUGUCAAGGCAACACGCUGAAGUAUGGGCGGAUUCUAACGGGAAGAUUUGGAUUCGUGAUGUCAAAUCCUCAAACGGAACGUUCGUCAACGGGACCCGGUUAUCCCCGGAGAACCGAGAGUCAGAACCACACGAGCUCCAGACCCAAGAUCACCUCGAACUUGGCAUCGACAUUGUGAGCGAGGACCAGAAGACCGUGGUGCACCACAAAGUUGCAGCGAAGGUCGAACACGCCGGAUAUAUUACUCCGACAAAUAAUCUGAUUGACAUGAAUUUGGGAGACCUUGAUCCUUCAAGCAGCACGAUGAUGCUGCCUCUCAAUGGUUUGCCCUUCAGAGGACGGGCUGGUAGCCAGGCCUCUAUGGCCAGCAAUAGCCGCGUCGUCCCUGGUAAUGGGGCAGGGCCAGCCAAUAAUAACAGCAUGGCACAGCAACGCCAGUUCUGGCUGAAUCCAAUAACCACGGAACAUAUAGUAAAAAAGCUCCAUAAUGAGAUGCGAAACGCAAGGUUGCAAACCCAAGACCUAGCUCGAACUAGCCAGUUCAUCAAUGCGCUCCUGUCGAAAGAAGACGUCAAGAACCAAGAUAAACCCGAAGCCCCCGAGCCUCCAAAGACACACAUGACGAACGGCAAUGUAUCAUUCCGGUCAGACGGGGGCAAGACACGAUUCUCGGAGCCUCCCGCCCCGCCUCCAUCCCAGCCUCUUCCAGAGAAGCCGGAUGUUGCACGACCCAUAUCAUCGGACAUCCCAUCGCUAAAGCGAGGCAUUACGGAGCGUCCAAAGUCACAUCCGUCGAAUACUUCGCCCAUCCGCCCUGACAACAACCUCAGCCAGAUCCUCCAGCUGACCGAGGAGCUCAAUAAGGCCAAGAAGGAACUGGAUGACCACUCGGCUCGCGUGCGGGAUCUUGAAGAGAAGCUGAUCGAGGAGCGUGAAGCUCGACAACACGCGGAGGAGAUGGUGCAGAAAAUGGAGGAGAGCAGCCAUGUCAAGAUGAAUGGUUCAGCCGGGGCCCCUCUUGCUAAUGGCCACGCGGAAUUGGAAAGAGCCUUCGAUCCUCCAGCAGAACGGCCCCCGACACCCGAGCCAGUCGUCUCUCUAGGGAAUUCCGAGGAAGGUCUCCCACCUCAGCCAGACAAGAUCGAGGCGUUGGCAGCCGUCUUCCAAGCCCGUAUAGACUCGAUGGCUUCAGAGAUGAUGGGGCUGAGGGAUCAAGUGGACGCCUUCCGGCAGCGUGCAGAGAAGGCUGAAGUCGAGCGGGACCAAGACCGCAAAACCCUUGCCGAGAUGGUGAUACAAAUUCGCCAACGCGAUGAAAAGGAGAAGCAGGCGGCCGAGAGGAAAUCGCGGUCACCUUCAUCACCAUUACCAACUCAAGAUGGGGGCGUCGAGGAGCAGGCCCCGGUGGUGAACGGCGCUAUACCGGAAGCGAAGGGACAGAUUGAUGGAUCCGCGGAUGACUUGGUGGAAGUGCCUACGCUUUCGCGUGCGAACACUAUCACCCCGGCUGUGCGAGCCCUGGCAGUCCCUCCACAAGAUCCGGCGUUGAUACAGACGCUCCCUUACGCAUCCAUGAUUGGAGUCGUGCUCAUCGGGAUGGGACUAAUGGCUUACCUGAACGGCUGGCAGCAUCAACCAAGAUUAGAACGUUAA